AUGGACGGUACGCCGAACGCAACGGACACUUUCACGUGGCCAACCGCGGUGACGCAAGCGUUCAUCUCGUCUAGCUCGAGCCCAGCGGAGGUGCUGCUGCCGUCGGCAUCGUACGAUGGAAUUCCCAUCAGCGGCACGUCGUUGUCAUUGGACCUGCUGCUCGGUGGCCUGCUGCGGCUCGAAGGGAAUGGCAGUGCGGUGGCGAACGACUCGUUCGCGAACGAGCUGCUCGACCCGUGCGAUCCUUCCAACGCGGAGUUUGCGUGUUCCGUGCAGCAGUUCCUGGAAUACGCGAGGGGCCCACAACAGAUGCCACUACUCACUGCACUGCUGGUUACCAUCCUGCUGACGGGCAUCCUGGUGACCGGUGUGAUUGGAAAUUUGAUCGUCUGCCUCGUGAUCGUACGGCAUCCAUCGAUGCGGACCGCCACCAACUACUAUCUGUUCAGUUUGGCCGUUUCGGAUCUCAUAUUUCUGGUACUGG